GGCCGACGGAGACGUGGACGCCGCGUCACGGGGCCGCGCACAAACAAAGUCCAAAUAAGUUACAGACCGCAACUUUCUAUCUCUCUGCUCUUAUAAAGGACUGCUGGACAGAAAUGGAGACAAGACGGGGGUCAAAUCCAGAUGCACAGUUCACCCCAGAUCCGGGGGGUUCGCGGGGUCCCGCGGGUCCGGGGGAUCCAAGCCCGCCGCUGAUGUUCGGCAGGUCGCUGUCGGAGCCGGGUCGGUUCGCCCUGGCCGGGCUGUGCGGAGUCUCCCUGGGCCGGCUGUUCCACGGCCCCGGCAACCGGGACUUCCAGGAGCAGUGUCUGAAGGGUCUGGUGCUCUGGCUCGGUCUGGAUGAGUCGGUGAUGCCCGUCAUGGCCGCCUUCCUGUCCGGCCUGGGGUUCGAGGGGACCGACACCUUCCUGUCCAUCCUGCAGGAGGAGCCGCUGCUGGCCGGGGGGGCAACCCCCGUCAUACAGGACCUGGUGACUUUCUCUGUCAAGGACGGGCAGUACGACGCCCGCUCCCGGGUCCUGAUCCGCCACGUCUGCUCCCUGCUCCGGGUCGCCCCCCGACGGCUGGAGGAGUUCGAGGAGACGCUGGGGGAGACGCUGACCGAGGGGGGGGAGGAGAGCGAAGAGGAGUCAUCGCGCCGCAAGAGGAAGGAGAGAGGACGCAAGCUGCGGCGCUACCUCCUGAUUGGCCUAGCCACCGUGGGCGGGGGCACCGUGAUUGGUGUGACCGGGGGGCUGGCGGCGCCCCUGGUGGCGGCGGGGGCGAGUGCCGUGCUGGGCGCCGGAGGGGUGGCGGCGCUGGGCUCGGCCACCGGCAUCGUCAUCAUGGGCUCCCUGUUCGGGGCGGCGGGGGCGGGGCUGACCGGUUACAAGAUGAACAAGUGCAUCGGGGCGAUCGAGGAGUUUGAGUUCCUGCCUCUCAGCUCGGGGAAACACCUCCACCUGACCAUCGCAGUGACCGGCUGGCUAUGUGGCGGCAAGUUCAGUUCCUUCCAGGCUCCGUGGAGCAGCUUGGGGGAGUGCGGGGAGCAGUACUGCCUGGUGUGGGAGUCGCGCUUCCUCCGGGACCUGGGCUCGGCCAUGGCCUCUCUGCUGGACGGGCUGGUGGGCAUGGUGGCCCAGGAGGCCCUGAAGUACACCAUCCUGUCAGGCAUCGUGACGGCGCUGACCUGGCCGGCCGGGCUGCUGGCAGCGGCGUCCGUCAUCGACCACCCGUGGUGCGUGUGUCUGAGCCGCUCCGCCGAGGUGGGCAAGCACCUGGCGCAGGUGCUGCAGAGCCGACGGCAGGGGAAACGUCCGGUGAGCCUGAUCGGCUUCAGCCUGGGGGCCAGAGUCAUCUACUACUGUCUGCAGGAGCUGGCCAACGACAAAGGCAGUGAGGGGAUGGUGGAGGACGUGGUGCUGCUGGGGGCCCCGGUGGACGGGUCGGAGAAGGCCUGGGAGCGGAUCAGCAGGGUGGUCGCCGGGAAGAUCGUCAACGGCUACUGCCGGGGCGACUGGCUGCUGGGGUUCCUGUACCGCGGCUCUGCAGCGCAGAUGUCGGUGGCCGGGCUGCAGCCCGUGGAGCUCAACGACCAGCGCGUCAUCAACGUGGAUCUGUCCUCGGUGGUCAAAGGUCACCUGGACUACAUGAAGCAGAUGGACACCAUCCUGGUGGCGGUUGGCAUGCCGACCCGCGAGGCCCCCGGCGCCUCUGCCUCCUUCGGGCCCCUGAACUCGGUCACUGUCAGAGAGGCGGACCACCCUGACCCCCCCGGACUCGCAGACCCCCAGGCCCCGGGCAGCCACCCCAGCGCCACCAGGGAGAGGGAUGAGGGGGGAGAGAGGGAGGGGGAGGGGGGGGGAGAGAGGGAGACGGAGGGGGGGGGACAGGAGGAGACGAGCGACGGCUGGGACAUCCCUGACAUCUCGGACCUCCUGGCGUCCCUCGGCGACGACGGAAACGAAAACGACGUCGUCGGCGAUCGUCGCCCCGGGGACGCCGGCACCCCCCCCCCGCCCGCCCCCCGGGCCCCGGACAGUCCCGCCGAGGACGGGGAGAACCUGUCCUGGGGUUGGGACGACGCCCCCUGGGCCGCCCAGAGCAAACACGUCAAGCGGGGGGACGGGGCGGGCAAACCGAACACGUGACAGGAAAUGCUUCGUUCUCUCGCUUUUUUUUCUUUUUUACGCUACAAACUCACGGGAGGGGCGCGGUCAUCUCGCCCUGGACUCAGACCCCCCCCACCCCCCCCCCCCCCCCCCCCCCCCCCCGUGCCCGCUGCCAGUCAUUAUCAGUGUAACAGAGAUCAUUUAGAUUUUAAGUCAUCAUGGCUUUUUAACUGGCUGGCUAGCGCCUGGUGAGGACGCGCCAGUGUUGAGCGACGUGUGUGUUUGUGUAUUCUCCUCGGAGCCGAGAGACGAGGUGGAGCGGAUGAUGUUCAAAAUCAUCCACGCAAUAUUCUGCUCAAUUUAACGCAGGCGACGCCGCAGGUGCCAUCGCCAUCCCAGAAUAUUAUCCCAUCUGGUGGCUCGGUUGCCAUGGGAAUUACCGAUGCAAUCAGAUGCUUGUUUUUGCAAUCAUUUCGUGUCGUGUCGUCGGUGAGAGGGAGAUUAGUUCGGGGAGCUUCAAGGAGUUGACAUUCUUUAUUUAUUCCGAACCAGUGUGUGUCCCAUUAGUACUGCUUGUUGUACCACCCCCCCCCCCCCCCCCAUAAUGUGAAUGUGUGUAUUGCUCUGUAACAGGCCAGUGUCUAGCCACCAAGGCUAGCCACUUGCCUAACAUUACGUUGAUUUAAAGAGGUUUUUUAAUUGAAUGUACCUUGAGUUCUAGUGACCCAUUAUUUUCUCGAGUCAUUUUGUAUAGACUGGGGGAUCCAACGACUGAAGGAGAAAAACAAAGAAUGAAUGAAUGAAUGCGUGUGAAUCGACCGCAGACUUCUAAACCAAUGGGUGCUUCUGCCAAACCAUAACCACACUGUUGGCACCCAUUUCAGUUCGACUAGUGAAGUGAUUUUAUUUUUUCCUUUUCUUUUUCGUCCAAAAAAAAAACCAAAUGAUGAUAAUAAUAAUAAUGUGUCACUCGCAGAUGGAAUGGUGCCGUGUUAAUAUUUCAGUUGACUACAUGUUCUCUGACACUGCUACAAUUAAAAGCCUCUCGGGGGGUUUUGUUACGAGA